AUGCAUUUAAGACUUCACGAAAACAGAGCCUACCAAUGCCGAAUUUGCGAUAAGAAUUUCCGCAGUAGUACUCUAGCAACCGAUCAUGAAAAAUUUCACAGAAAUCAGACGAGCAAACAAUGCGAGAUAUGCGGAAAAGCUUUCUUCACUGCGGCUUCUCUUAAUCAGCACCAGAGGGAGAUUCAUUUUAAUGACGUUGACAGGCACGACUGUAAACUCUGUGGCAAGCAUUACGGAAGCGCGGGAGGUUUGAAAUGGCAUAAUUUACACCAUCACAACGAUUCCAGAGAAGAUCUGUAUGUUUCGUGCGAUAUUUGUGGUAAGAGGAUUCACAGGGACAGAAUAAGAUCUCACGAAAAACUCCAUAAAGGUGUCAAACCGUACAUUUGUGAGAUAUGCGACAGAAAAUACACGGAUAAGAAAAGAUUGAGAGAACAUAUGAAUCUGACACAUAAAAAGACAGGGGAGCAAGGAUUUGUUUGCAGAGAAUGUGGUUCCAGUUUUGAUAAUUGGACUUCUCUCAAAGAUCACGAGAUGGAACAUACAUCAAAAUUGGACUUUAUGUAA